CUCUGCUAUUCCCGAUACCACAGAUCUGCUCAUGUGACUAUUGGAACGCUCUGGACGCGGUCCUGCUUUACACUGCAUGAGUACCACUGUUUAAGCUCUUUUGUACUCUUAAAACUCCUUAAGCUUUGAAUCUUCUUUUUUUUAUUUUCCAGAAUCUUAAAUUCGACUAAUUGAAAUACAAUCUUUAAACAGUCUGUAGACAAUCAAAAGACGACCAAGAGACAAUUAAGAGACAAUCAAGAGACACCUCUCAGACAAAUAGUGGUCAAAUAUUGGUCAAAUAUUGUUCAAAUAUCAUAAAAAUGGUAGACAAAAAUGUUAGACACAAAUGUUAGACAAAUCCUACAAAACAAUCUCUCUUAAUACUUCCAGUAAAUCAACAAUCUCUUUAUCUAGUUUUAUUCCAAUGAAACCAUUAUCAACUUCUUUCACGUAUUCAAUUUUGAACAAUUGGUACUUACAAAUUUCUCAUAUUCCAAUUCAAUCUGAAGAAUUGAACCAUACAUAUCCACCUAUUUCUAUCUCCUAAUUUCUGUUUUUAAAACGUUUUUAACUAACAUUUCAC